AUGAGUGAUGAAGACCAGGCGAUGCAUUUCCGAGGAAUCAGCAAGGAAGAGCAGAAUAAAGAUCCUUCUAGUCAAUCUCCACGUCCUCUUGAGACGCUCCGAGAGUCCGUUGCACCUGAUGAUCACGUACCAGACAUGUCUGAACCCUCCACUACUGGUGCCCUUGACGGGGAUGCCGAAAACGAUGAAAUGAUGGCCGAUGCCGAUACCGACGCCGACGACGAUAUCGAUGCCGACGCCGAUGCCGAUCAGAUGCGGGCUGAUCAGAUGCGAGCCGAUGCCAGUGAGCUUGGCGAUAUGAUCUACAACAGUCGGGUUUCAAUCAUCGAUGCUGGCCAGCAGAUCGAAGAACUUAAAGGCGAGAUCCAAGUCAUUCAGCAUCGCACUACUGUACUGGAAACUUACAAGGAAACUCAAGCGCUGGCCAAGGCUGAGACGGAUGAAGAACUCAAAGAGCUCAAGACGUUUGUGAACGAGAUUCGUGACACCAUGAAAUCGCAAGCUGAGAAGAUCGACACUCUGAGCGAGGAGAACAAGAUUAUUCGUGAAGAUCUCGCCAAGCACCUUGCAAGCCGAUCAUGCAACAAGCUUUCUGUUAACGUUGAAUUUGCCUAA